UGCACUGGUUGUGUGAACGACAACGAAGACGAAGACAAGGAGGAUGGGUCGCAAGGCACUGCAUCCCGCAGACCAAGCUCGCAAGGCGGCUCGCAAGAAGGAGCUGAAGAAGAACAAGAAGGCAAGGCAGCAGACCCGAGAAGCGCAGCUCAACUUGCAAGACCCAAAGAAGCUGUUGACAGAGUUCUACGAGCUACUGCACAAAGAGCGAUGCACUGUGGAUGAGGCUGAAUCCAAGCUGCUGGACGAGCGGCGACAGCGGCUCAAGGAGCUCCUGGCACGUGUGCUCGGUCAUCUCGAGUCCAGUGAUCCCGAAGGAUUCAAGGCGUACUCAAAAUGGGAGGAAGAGUUUUAUGCAACGCGUGAGCGGCGAAAAGUGUACUACUAUACGGGGGCGCUGCCAGACCGUUCGCGUGGGAAUCCGCCCCUGCCGCCGCCGCGCCCACGUGACGACCGCACUGUGUUUAACCUCAAGCGCCCCUUUGUGUAUGUGGAUGUGCCGGAGGAGCCUGAGCCCGUGGCAAGUCUUGAGCAAGGGGCGACCACACUCUCAUCGGCGCCGCAGCCAGCGCACGCACCAGCUGCAACUGCAGGCGGCGAGGAGGCAACGCAGGAGCUGCAGCACGAGGGAGACGCGGCACAAGCGAGUGCUGGUGAGGUGAACCGCGCUGAGAGCACACGCGCAGAUGAGGGUGAUGCACACGCGUCUGCACCACAGACAGCCGAAGAGAAGGAAGCGGCAUCCACAUCACCAGACCAAGCCGAAGGUGCAACGGGCACGGAGCACACGAAGCAAGCGGGCGCAUCACAAGCCCCAACGGGCGAGGGAGUGACACCCGCACAAGGGCAGGCGGAGGAGCAACAGGCAGCAACACACACCGCGGUCGCGAGUGGGGAGCAGGCUGGCGGCGCCGCCACUGCGGACGAUAGUGACGGCGACGAUGACGACGAUGAUGACCUCGACCUUGACGACAUUCCAAUGCCAGAGGAACAAACAUCGAAGCCGCUCAUGACUGCACCUGCUCCCUCAGCCCCGCUGCUCCGUGCGCCGCUCAUGGGAUCAGCGCCGCGCCCUGCGAUGCCGCCGCCUGUCCACCAGCCUCCACCGUAUCCGCAACAGCCGCACCUUCAAUCCUUUGCAUCAGUGCCGCCCCGCCCGCAGCUGCCCAUAUCCUCGCACGCUGCCGGCUUUCCACAGCCGCAGCAGCAGCCUCAGCCCCAGACACAACUCCAGCAACACAUGCCGCCAGCACAAGCGCAAGUGCAACCAGGGUCACAGCAGCGCAGCGAUGGCGGCGAGGACGAGGAAGAGCUAGACGCAGACGUGCAGGCGCGGCUGAUGGCGCUCAAGCAACAGAUGGGCGCAAACGGUCCUGACACCAAGCAGCAGCAGCAGCAGCAGCCACAACAGGAACAGGAACAGGAGGCGGCGGAGAAGAGCGGCGGUGCAACGGCCGAGAAGCCAAAGGACAGAAUUGAGGCUGCGUCGAUCAGCGCAGCGCCGCAGGUGCGUGACCGCCAGGCCCAGCUCAUGAGCAUGGUGCCAACGUCCCUUCGCGUGCGCCGCGCCGCCGCCGCCUCCUCUGCCGCUUCCUCGUCCACAGCAGCAGUUGCAGCACGGGGCAGGCCCGCCGCCAAGCCGAAGCAGCCAAUGAGGCCCGUGGGAGCACUGAUUAAAGCACGGCCAGGAGCAGCACCAUCAUCGUCGUCAUCAUCGCCAUCAGCACCAUCAAGCCGCGCCGAGGCGCAGCGGCAGCUGCAGGAGAAACUCAUGCCAAAGCCGAAGCAGAAACCGAAAGCCAAGACAGCUGGUGGCGGUGUUGGCGGUGGUGGUGGCUCCAAGGACGACGAAUACAAGAAGUUUAUGGCAGAGCUGUCAGGCCUCAUGUAGAGGCGGUGAUAGUGAUGGGGGGGGGUGUUGAUCGUGGUGGUAUGAGUGGGGGCGUGUAGUGGCGACGAUGACGGUUGCGGGGUGUUGAAUGGUGUUGUUACAUGGGCGUUGGGGAGGAUGUUGGGUCGGAGGCUGUUUAGUGCUGGCGUCACUGUCCCCGUG